CUCUCUCUCCCCCCCCCCUCCCCACUUGCCCCCGUAUCCUCGUCGCCCUCUCGGUUCUCCCUGGUCUUUGCUCUCUUCCUCUCUUCCGCCCCCUGAACGCGACGCCGGCCCGCCCCAGGAUGUCCGCCACCUCCUCCAGCACCGUCUCCCGCUCGACCAGGGCCAUCUCCGCCCUGCUGCGGGGCGGGGACGCGGCCUCCGAGGACUCCACCCCUGCCGGUGGGUACCCAGCCAACCCUCUCCCCAAUGCCAUGUUCCGGUCUUACUCCUCUCACACUGCGGCCACCAAUGUGGACGUGGAGCUGCCGGCCGGUGCGGCUGGUGCCGCGCUCGGCCUGGCCUGGUGUGGUGACCGCAGCUUUGCCCUUUUCACCGGAUCCGAGCGGCCGUCUGUCGCGGGCGAGGCGAAGGCCCUCGCCUCGAGCGAUGGCGGCGCCAACGCUGGCGGGCACAUUUCUGCCACGGCCUCACUCCUGAGCCAGGUGUCGCAAAAGGCCGGGUCGAUGUCCCGGGAGCCGGCAUUCUCGCCGACCGCCGCGGCCGGGAUUCAGUUGAUGGCCGCGCGGCCGGGUUUCCUGGCAGCUGACCUUCGUCCGCUGCUCAUCCAGUCGUACACGGUGUUCUCCCUGCUGCAGCGCCUCAUGGAGGCCGUCAAUUCCGGGGCCAUGCUGACCACCCUGUCGGACCUGGCCGUCCGGUCGCUGGCCACCUCGGCCAAGCUGAUCAGCUGCUCCUCGGCUCCGGACACGGCCCCUGGCUCGCCGAAUGUCGAUGCCCUGUCGUCGUCGUCCUCGUCAGCCCUCUCGUCUCCGACCCUCCCGGCCGCCGAUGCCACCAACAUCCAGCUCCUCACGAACAUCUUCCGCUCGCGCCCGGCCGCGGACAUCCCGGCCCAGGAUGUGGCUCUGCGCAUCCUUUUCCAGGUGUCCUCCAGCUAUCGGGCAUCGCUGGAGCAGCAGUGUGUCCACCUGCAGGGGCUCCUAGAUGAGGAGCUGUCCCGGGGGGGCCCGGCCGACCGGAUGACCAUCGGACCGCGCGCCACCGAGAUCGGCACGGCUGUGGCCCACCUGCGUGAUGUCCACUCCAUCUGGCUGCUGGCCGAGUUGCUGUAUAUCGGCUCGUCUUCCUCCGACAUGAUCGACAUCAUCCUGCACUGGUCGCGCUUUUCCAAGGCUCUCCCGGAGGAGCGCCGCUUCCUGCAGGCCCCGAAGUCCCUUUCCCAGGAGAGUCUCAUCAUCCUCUUCCUCAGCCUCAUCUGCCGCGGACAGAUUCACUUCGCCGCGCAGGUCCUCUCCCACGUCAACUCCCCGGGCGCGCAUGCCUUCCGCACUCUGCUUCUCGCCUGCCCGAUGCCGGAGCCCGGCGCCGGGAAUGGCCCGAUCGCGCAUCUGCGCUCGCGCGCCUACAAUCAAUGGCUUGGCACCCUGCAAAAGUGCACCAGCCAGCCGAUUUUGGCCGACCCGGACCUCGGCCCGGUCCUGCGUAUGAUGCAGGGCGAUGCGCACGUCAUCUUCCGGCUGACCGGGGCCCGCUGGUUCGAUCUCCUGACCAGCACCCUGUGCUACACACCGGAGCUUAGCCUGUCCAAUCACAUCGAGGUCGGGCAUCUUUUCACUGCCCUCCAGCUCUCCACUGGCGGGCUUCCCCUGGCCGACCAGAUUGAGAUCAGCCUCCUUCGCAUGCACCUGACCUCGGCUCUCCGCUUCUGCUCCGAGCUUGAUCCCUGGCUUUCGGCCCACCUGACGGACUUGCUCUUCCAUUCCGGCUCCCUGGAAAGCGAGCUCCUCGUCCAGGCCAACGAUGUGCCAGCCGGGCCGUCAAGCGCCGAUAUUCGCCUGCAUUUCCUGGCCCCAUACGGCACGGCGCUCAUGGAGCAGCACAACCUUUGGCGCCUGGGCGUGGACUACUUGUCCUCGUGCGGGCCGCCCGGGGCCGCCAUGUUGGAGGCGCUCAUCUUGCGCCUGCCGCUGGGCACCGAUGAGCAGGUUGCCCGCGUGGUCGACGUGUGCGAGAUGCUGCAGCUGACGGACUGCGUGUCGGACGUGUACUCGGUCCUGGCUCGGCGAGCCCUGUCCACCGGGGCCCCGGUCAAGGCCCUGCACUAUUACUUGCUGACCAGCGACCCGGUCGAGGGGUCGCGCCGGGUUCUCUCCUGGCUGUGCCAGCGCCUCGUCGGCACUCCAUCCCCAGAGACCCUUGCCCUGCUGCAGGGGUUCGCCGAGCAGAUUGAGAUUGUCCUGCAAAGCCAGGCUCUCCGCUCGGGGCCGGUCUUGCCUGAUCUGCAGCUCUUCGUGCACUUCUGCCACCUCCGCCAGCGCUUCGAGCAGGGCGAUCUCCCGGGGGCAGUGCACACCCUGCGUAGCAUCUUCAUGCGUCCGGCCGAGUUGUCGGUCUUCUCCCCCUCGACGCACAUCUGGCCGCUGGUCUUUGAGACAGCCUUGCCGUUGAUCCGCGAUUCCCCGGAUCUUGUGGCCCACGAGCUGGCCAGCAAGAUGCUUGCCCAGCUCGACCAGCUGGCCACCAUCGUGCAGUUCAUGGCCCGGCAGCCGCCGACCGGCCCGGCGGCCGGCGCGCCGCAUGGGGCCCGCCGCGGCCCCGCCCCCCCCGUUGAUGGUGCCGCUCUUGACCGCCUCCAGCCCGUUCGCGUUGCUCUUGUCCUUGUCCUGGGUAGCUGCUUCUUUGACAUCAGCAAGCACUAGAAGAAAGCUCCCCCGCCGUGUUCGCUUUUCCCGUGCCGCUGCUCCGGAUCCCCCACCCUCGCCUGCGAGGGAGGGGGGCCGAACAGGGCAGGGCAACCGGAAAAAGCGAGCGAAAAAAAUCCCCCGAGCCAGCCCCCAACCCCGUGUCGUAUCUCGCCCGGCCCGAACUGCCGACGGAGAUGAAUAAAUAUACAACCAGUGUAUCACGUUGGCGCACAAGCGCGUCACGUUGUCCAUCAGGUGAUUCCCCGC